CAAUCUAUUUGGAGUAUUGGUCCGGAGAAUGGUGGAUAAGUAAAAACUGCACCUAAACGCAAAGCGGACAUUAAACGUAAGCCCGGUCCACAUUUAAGAAAAAAACCGCGCAUGUUUCCUCUUGGAGGUCAUAAACACUAAAUAAUCGAACUCAUUCUCACCGCCACCGCCACCGCCAUCGCCAUCUCCACCGCCACCGCCUCUAGGGUUUUGUUCUAUUUCUCCGCCCUAAAAAUCGUAAACCUCCGAUCAACGAAGCCAAUCAAAAAUGGUCGGGCCGCAAUCCGAGAGAGAAGACAAAGUAUCGUUGGAACUCACUGAAGAAAUCAUUCAAAGCAUGGAGAUCGGCAUGGUUUUUAAAGAUUAUAGCGGUAGGAUAAGUUCAAUGGAUUUUCACAGAACGUCGGGUUAUUUAGUAACUGCUAGUGAAGAUGAAUCCAUCCGCCUUUAUGAUGUUUCCAGUGCUACGUGUUUGAAAACAAUUAAUAGCAAAAAGUAUGGAGUUGAUCUAGUUUGCUUUACUUCACAUCCAACAACAGUUAUUUAUUCGUCGAAGAACGGUUGGGAUGAAUCGUUGCGGCUUCUCUCGUUGCAUGAUAACAAGUACUUGCGGUAUUUUAAGGGUCACCAUGACAGAGUUGUUUCCCUUAGCCUAAACUCACGCAAUGAAAGUUUCAUUUCCGGAUCUCUUGAUAGAACCGUUCUGCUUUGGGAUCAACGCGUGGAAAAAUGUCAGGGCCUUUUACGUGUGCAAGGCAGGCCUGCCAUAUCUUAUGAUGACCAAGGGCUAGUCUUUGCUAUUGCCUUUGGAGGAUACAUCAGAAUGCUUGAUGCUAGGAUGUAUGAAAAGGGUCCUUUUGAAAUAUUUUCUGUUGGGGGAGAUGUAUCGGAUGCUAAUGUUGUGAAGUUCAGCAAUGAUGGACGACUCAUGCUUUUGACAACUAUGGAUGGACAUAUUCACGUGCUUGAUUCAUUUCGUGGCACGCAUUUAUCCACUUACAAUGUGAAGCCAGUUCCUAGGAAUUGCACCUUAGAGGCAUCAUUUAGCCCCGAGGGAAUGUUUGUUAUAUCAGGUUCAGGGGAUGGUCGUGCAUAUGCUUGGAGUGUACGCAGUGGAAAAGAAGUGGCAAGCUGGAUGAUGAGUAGUGAACCUUCUGUAAUAAACUGGAAUUGGAUGAACACCGACACUGAGCCUCCCGUCAUUAAGUGGGCUCCCGGGAGUCUUAUGUUUGUAACCGGGUCUACUGAGCUGUCAUUUUGGAUUCCAGAUCUGUCUAAAUUGGCAGCAUACGUUGGAAGGAAGUAGGGCUCCAGCUCUCAAUGCUUCGUGCUUGUAAUCUUGAGUCGUAUUUGUAAGGUUCAUCUGAUUCCGAAUUCAGAGCAAAAUGUUCGUAUCUCUGUUGCUUCAGUCUCUUGCAUCUGUUUAAGCAUUUAACUAUGACUAUUUUGUUAAGAGCCAGGUUGUAGGUACUCCAGUAAGAAUGAGAGGCCAGCUUCUAAUCUAGGUAUAUAUUUCAAAGCUUCCUUAUGUUCUUUCAUUUUGUAGUCAUCUGGUUGUACAGCUAUUUUAUAUGUAGUAAACUUCUAAAGCGGGUUAGGUUAAA